AGCUCGUUUGUGGGGUUCUCUAAGGAGCAUCGUGUAAUACGGCCCUUAAACUUCCAUCUCCUACUUUCGGGUCUGCAUACAUCUCACAGCUGCGCAAAAUUCGGUUGCAGAUGCUUACAAUUUAUCUGUGCAAAUUUUAGGCUCUCCCGCAGAUGUAAUGGACGUAGAUAGAGCGUGAUGUAUUAAAUGGCCUUUAUAGUUGCAUACUAUCCAGAAACUGUGAGCUCACUCUUUGAGCAUUUAUUGAACUCAUGAGUUAUUAGAGUCCUGAUAGAUUACCCAAGAUUUGUAUAUCCAGUUAUUCGUUGUUUGCCCAGAUACGUUUAUCCUCAAAUCAACUAUCGAUACAGUUUUGUAGUUCCCCUCCGUUGUGGUUGUUUAUAAAUUCCUAUUACUUGUCAUUAAUGCAUGUUUUCUUGUUGGUUAGCUGGAAAUGAAAGAUUUAAGAGUCUGCAUGUGUUUUAAUUUUUCGUUGAUAGUAUUCCUUGGCGCAAUUAAUCAGCUUGGCAACACUGCAUAUACUGAACAUGGGGAGUGAAGCGUUGGAGUAAUGUCGGAUAUGUGUUGUCGUUAGAUUCUGUUGUGUUCCUGACACUAGGGCCAGUUCGUUUUAUUCUCCUUGGUGAUAUUUUUACGACAUGGGAAGAUCGAGAACACGAAGCAAAUCACCGAAAAGGCGGCACAAAAGUAAACACUCUCGGAAAAGAUCGAAGUCUCGUGACAGAAGCUCUCACAGCAAACACAGUGAAAAGACAAGGGAAAGGAGCAACAAAUCAAGGAAAAGGUCACAUUCUGGAUCAUCAAGCUGUAGUUCUGAUGCUUCAGACGACGUACCAAGAACUGGUGGACACUCUAGGAAAAGAAGUUACCAUGAUCGGAAAAUGGAUGAAGUUGAAAGACUGGCGGAGAUGGAAAGACAGAGGAGACAAAGGGAGCUAGAACAAAAGAUGGUGGAGGAAGAAACUGCAAAACGAAUUGAAGAGCAAGUGAAGAAGAGGGUUGAGGAGGAAUUGGAAAAACGAAAAGAGGAAAUUGAGGCAGAAGUACUCAGGAGAGUUGAGGAAGCUAAGAAAAUAAUGGAAAAGCAAAUGAUGGAAGAAAUGGAAAGACGGCGAGAACUACAGUUGGAAGAGGAAAGGAGGAGAGAGGCUGAAGAAAGAAGGAAGCGUGAAGAGUUAGAACAGAUUAUGGCAGAAAAUAAUCGUAAAAUUGAGGAAGCCCAGAAGAAACUGGCAGAAGAGCGCUUGGCUAUGGUUGAGGAACAGAGAAAGAUGGAAGAGGAACGCCAAAGGCUGAGAAAAGAGCAAGAAAAACGAAUCAAGGAAGAGCAGAAGAAAAUUUUGGGAAAGAACAAUUCACGACCCAAGUUGUCCUUUACAUUGAAGCCAGCUGUAUCGUGAACAGGUCCAACAAGUCCAUCGUGUUUGCGUGUGUGUAAUCAUAUUUCAAAAGAAAUGUGUGUUUGCAUGAUCGAGGAUUUCAUUUUUCACUCCAUGUGGGUGCUUAAUGAGAACAGGAGUUGACUCAGGACUUAAAUGUUCAGUUUUCAGGUAAUAAUGAGAUAUUCUUAUUUUACCCUGUACUUGAAGUUUUUCAGUCUGUUUUACCCGGCGAUAUAAUUUAAACAUCAAGCUGUAAAAAUUUAAAAGAAAAUAUAUUUGCUGUGGCAUUAGUGAUGUUGAAUCGGGAGUGGAAACUAUUCAUCUAUGAUAAAGGGCAUGAAUGCAAGCCCCUGAAAGACACAAAAUGACAAAAGUUGCUGCCUGGAAAUUUUGUACAGUUCUUGUCUGAUAUGCAUAUGACAAUUUUAGAUUUUUUUACAGCAUUGCGGUAUAGUCUUUUGUAAUCUUGAAAGGGUAAUGUCUGUACAGUAACAAGAUAUUGUGUAGCUUUCAGAUUGUUAUUCAGUAUAACCAAACUAGUAAUGCCUUUCAGUUCCACUGUGUGUUUUCAUUUACUAUUUCCAUGAAAAUUCAUAAAUUUUUCAGCUCUUGAGAUUAUCUUCUGUAGCAAAUACUGAUUUUUGCUAUAACUAUUACUGAUUUUUUUUUUUCAUUUUAUGGGAAUGUAUCUAAAGGAUACCAUAUUGAAAUAAUUGUAACAUGAUAAAAAAAUUAACAGAAUUGGGCAGAUUCACACUUGACACCUCUCUCUCUCUCUCUCUCUCUCUCCCCCCCCCCCCCCCCCCUCUACUAUGUUGUCAUACAGUUUAUAUGAUUCUGUUGUAAGAAUGACGUGCCGUUUUAUCAUUAAGAUUUCAGGUGAAGUGUUGGUUAUUGAUCUUAGGGUUUGGGUGUUUUUUCGGCUUAUUUACUCAUGGCACUUUCAGUAAUUAUAUUACCGCAGGAUGAAUAUUGGUAAAGAUUGUUUUUUAGUGUGGAGAACCAUACUGCCACAUCACCUCUGCAGUUAUCUUUCAAUGAGCUAUCCUUCACAUAUUGCCUGUACAGUUGUGUGUUUCCGUGAGUCAUCCUUCAAGCAGGAGUUACCUUUUUGAAGCACGUCUGAGGGCUUUUGAAAUUGUUAACAAUUUAGCCAUUGACGGACUUUCAUGUUAUGAGGUUCCCAGCCUUCAAUGUGGGGCUUGUAUUGAAUUCACGUGAGCGCAUAUUUGCUCAACAUUUGAGAUGGUAUUAAUUAUGUCCUGCCUUAGUUAAAAGGUGUAAUUAAUAAUUUUGCAUUACUGUGGUGAUAUUUAUCACUUCUAAAGAGUGCUAUUGCCUCUUGUUGUGCAGGUCAGUAGCAAAGCAGAAAACUGCUUAAUUUUCAAUUUUUUCUAACCUGGGUAUUUUGUUGUCAAAGAUGUGGUUGAUUUACUAGUGAUUAUUGCUACAUUACUAUUUGCACACGACACAUUUGUCCCCCUUCAUUUUAUGUAGCGAAAUAUUUGAAACUGGCUCCAUUUUUGUUACUGCAUUAGGGUUAUUUUAUAAUUAACUGAGAAAUAUUCAGAGGAAUGUUUCUAGAACCAUCCACAUACUCAGAUUAAGACUGGGUAUUUAUUUGUACUACUAGGUAAAACCUCUUCAAAAGUUCUUGAAAUAUGUGGUCCAAGAAGUUGGUCUAUAGUAAAAUAUUUGUUUUUGUCUUAAUUAUCCAUUCUUAUUUUUGCUUUUUAAUAUUUGAAUCUUUCUUGGUUAAAAGAAAGGGACAAGAUAAAAUGCCAACUGUGCUUUGCCAAAUCUUGUCUGUCUUUGGCAAUAGUAUGCCUACAGACUUCACCUCCAUCCUUUGCUUUUCCUUUCCUUCAGUCCCCCCCCCCCCCCCUUUCCCUCUCCCCUGGUGACCCCUUGCUCUCUCCUAAUCAAGUUUCAGAAUGGUGUGCAUUUUUCAGAGAUAAGAGUUAAUUUCUAAAUGUUGUAGUUACUCAUUUUGUACUGUUUCCGUCUCUGAAACAUAGUAAUAUGUCACAUUUUGAUAAGUUUUCUUUGAAUCUUAAGUUCAACAUUAUCAAGUGCAACAGUUAAAAACAAAAUCAAACGUGUCGUAAAUUCCCUCUUACUCAGCACAGGCAAAUUGAAAACAUUGCCCUAUCAAUGCUCAUUCCAUCUUUCCAUCAACAGACUGCCUUCCUCAGCUGAUGACAUUUCUGUAAUAUGACAGAUGUUAAUUUAUUUUGUUUUCGUCAUGUUGACUAUCCGAAUAUUUCUUUCAUCAGUAGUUCUUUGUAAUAUUGUUAUUUUGCUCAAUGACUGCCUUGUGUGGAACAUUCUAUUUACUUUUUGUGAAAUAAUAUAUAAUAUCGUUCUGUUUUGUGGAAUUGAAGACAGCUUUGAAAUGAUGAAGACAGGAGAAAUACAGUUGUCCCUGUAAUUAAUCAUUAAUGUAAAAAUUGUGAGGAAGGUAUGCCUGUGAUAUUUUUCGUAAAUGACCUAUCAAGGAAAAAAGGGGAAAUGUGAAAAUGUAGUUAUUUAUAGUGUAGCUUGUGUUAAAAAAAUGUGAAGAUGAGAUUUUUCUGAUAUGUUCAGCACAUUAAUAAAAAAGAAUGAGACGUGCAAACUGGCAUAAUGCUUCAGUUAUUUUCAGUGAAGUACACAUUAAGUUCCCAUUAUUGCAGUAUAAGAAUGGAAUUUUAUAUUUAAGUGUAAUUCGCUAUUUAAUGAGAGGUGAAGAACAUAAGAAAGGGUGGAAACACUUUUUGGAAAGGUUUCCUUGUGGCAUUCAGAAGCUCCCAGUUAGUAAAUACAGACACAUUAAAUAUCAAGCUUAUUACAGUUACAUUCAUACCACUUAUUACUAGCAUGUUCCCAUGCCUUCUUACAUAGAAACAAAGCAGCUCGAAUUUGGAUUUUAAUAGGUGCCUUACAUUUCAAGAAAUGCUGCUUCUCUCUCUCUCUCUCUCUCUCUCUCUCUCUCUCUCUCUCUCUCUCUCUCUCACACACACACACACACACACACACACACACACACACACACACACACACACACACACACAGAGAGAGAGAGAGAGAGAGAGAGAGAGAGAGAGAGAGAGAGAGAACACUCAGAAGUAAAAGUAGAUAUUGCAGGAUUCUCUGUAAUGUAAUGUUUAAUUGAUAUAGGCACCAAAAGGUGUGUGCGUGUGUGUGUGUGCGUGCGUGCGUGCGUGCGUGUGUGUGUGUGUGUGUGUGUGUGUGUGUGUGUGUGUGUGUGUGUGGGCGCGCGCGCGUGUUCGUUCGUGUUCUAAAAAGUGCUGAUCACAUAGAUUUUAGAUUUCCAAAAGGACAAACAAGAGACAUUGAGAAGUCAUUUAGGUAAUACUGGCAAAUAAUUUCAUCAAAAACUUUAAAGUUGAUGGAUAAUUAAGUUUGAAAGAGGUAUAUUUUAGGAAACCACCAUAUACUUGUUCUUAUGUUAGGAGCUGUGCUGCUUUACUACUUUUUUCAGCAUCUGUGUUAGCCUGUUGCCACACUGCAUAGCUUGUGUACUGGGAGCAUUAUUCAUCAAUAUUGUGUUAGCUAAGGGACUCGGUAGAUUAGCUAUUGGUUCAUAUCAUUGAAUCUGCCUAGUGUUUCUUCAGACUGGAAGUACAGUUAUCUGUGAAUGGUCUCCACUUUCAUACAGAUCUAGCAGUUCACAGCUAGAGUAAUGAGCAAUAUGUUUAAUUAUGUUUUCAUAUGUGCUUGUUGAGAAUUGUGCUAUUGUCAUUGUCACUGUUGCAAAGCUAGCGUAUCUUUUUCUAUGUGAGUACUGAUCAGCAAUAUUUAUAUAAUCCAUUUAAAAUAUAUUGUGUUUUGUAUUAUUGUAAAUAAAUGAAAUAAAAUCUUUAGUCUUUUACACUCUGUACAAAGAAAUGUCUUAAUGUCAUAGUAGUAAGAAACAGCAAACUUAGUUUGAAAGUGGAUAUUCCAAGAAUGGUCAGUUGAAGAUUUUAUUUUGUUUUAUUUUUUUCAGUGUUCCUGUUUCUGAACUAGUUAUUGUAAAUAUGUCUGAGGGGUAGUCUUGUGCCAAGGUUCAGGUUUAGAUAUUUUCAGGCCACAUUUAUUCUAAUUGUGUAAUGUUGAAACUAAUAGCACAGAAUUGGAUUUUUGUUUUUAUGUUGUGCUUCACCAGUACCAUUCUUUCUUUGUAGAAAUCAUCCAUUGAGUUUUUUUUUUUUUUUUGUAUAUAUCUGAGUAUUUUGUCCACAUUUGUGUUUUUUUAUUAAUAAUAUGGGAUGGCUGUUUUUUUGGUUAGUCCUCUCUGCAUAUCUUUCUUUUGAUAAAAGUUAUUGGUGACACUGUAAACCAGAUUUGCUUAAAAUUUUCCAGGAUUGUGCGCUUGAGAUUGUCAGUAUUGUUUUUAGAAAUCUCAUGGAAAGAUUUAAACUGUAAGUGCUUGUGUGGAAUCAUAUGACAUAGUUUCAGAAUUCGUGUAAGUUGUGCAUUUUUGUUGCUCAAUAAAUGAUAACAGUGUUAUUGAA